GGGUCAUAUUUUUUGGUUAUGAGGAACAGACACAAUGAACUCACAAAAAGAAUACGUAUCGGACUGCGAAACCGACGAUGAUUAUUAUGUCGAUUUGUUAACUUCAGGCAAGGGCAGUGAUAAGAGUGAAAGUGAUGUGUCGGACAAGUCUGAAAAUUAUCCAGGCCUAAAAUCAAAGCAUACUGCGAAGGCAUUGCGGAAAACAAGGCAUUGUGACGGCGAUAAUAGGGAAUACAGGUCUAAGGAGUGCGACGACCUUCAUUCCGAAGAGGAGUCUGAAAAAUCGCGGUCGGAUGCUUUAUGGGCCGAUUUUCUUGGCGACAUUGAUACUAAAAGCGUAAUCAACCAAAAAACAGAUUAUACGGAGGGAAACGCAGCAAGUGCUACCAAUACCAAUACGCAUGAGACUUGUAAUAAAUAUGAUAAAAACGAUACGGCAAUAAUAAAAACUGCACAGCAAUACGAUUCCAAAAGAACCACGCUUUCAGUUUCCACACUCGGAAAAAUUAAACGAUCAUCCGCUGAAAAGAGUAUCGGUACCAUGAUAAAUAAAUUUGAAAAGAAGAAAAAAUUGACAGUGCUUGAAAGGUCACAAUUGGAUUGGAAAAUAUUUAAACAAGACGAAGGCAUAGACGAACUUCUGUGCUCGCAUAACAAAGGCAAGGACGGGUAUUUGGACCGUCAAGACUUUUUGGAGAGAACCGAUCUUAGGCAGUUUGAAAUGGAAAAGAAGUUGCGGCUGUCUCGCAGGCCAUACUAACGGCUUAACCAACGUCGACACGGUAGCGCUGACUUCUUUGAAUAACGAAUAUAUACAUAUAGUCUAUUAAAUAUAUUACAUUUUGUUCUAUAACAAAAUAAUAAAAAAAUGGUUGGGCUUACACCAAUUCAAUCAAAAUACGCCAAAUAUGACAUUAGCUAAAAGAAGCUGUGUUCCGAGAAAUCGAUUUUUUUUGGCAUCGCAGUAACAUCGUUUAGUUACAUUCAAUGUAUAUCGUCACUCUUUGCUAGUAAAGUGAAAAAGACGACGCCACCGAUAAUAGUGUUCGUUUUGUGAUUAGAUUUGCUUUUUUUUUGUUGGCACUAUACUAUACUCGCUGGGAGCGUUGCAUAUCUGGCCAUUAACUGCUGAGUCGCGUAUAACCUGUCAACGGAGUGUAGAGAGGUCGCGAAAUAAUGGGCAAUCAAAGAAAAACCAUCAAUAAUCGAACAAGUAGUACUGGACCAUCACGUGUUGCUAGGGUAAGCAAGAGUUCUUUGAUCAAUUCAAAGUAGAUGACAUUUCAGAUGGUAACUGGUUGUGGCGUUGGCGUAAGCACCACAACAUUGAACAUGGAAAAAUGCAUUGCGAGUCUGCCGAAUGUGACGAAAUCACGACUCUGGAACAAUUAGGAAUGAAGUAUAAUUGUUCUGGGUAACUUAAAGAGCUUUAGAAAUUAGAGGAAAAGCUAUUGAUAAUAAGGGCAAAUAACGUUGUUCAAAAAAAGAUAUCAGAUUAUUUCAAGUAAAUAAGUAUUUCAAGUAAUAGGAACCAUAAAUUCCACCCAUAAAAGUACAUAAAAAUGAGAAUUAUAGC